UGUGUGGGAACAGCUUUCUAUGUGUAAUAAAAAUAUGUAGUCCUUACAAAUGCCAUUUUGUGUUCAUUAUUUUAUGGAAGCUGAAAAUGAAAAGUCGAAUGGCCCAACUUCGUAUAUCAGUGAGGGGAGGGGGUAGGGUAGACUACAAUUAUUUCGCAAUCGUAUAAUUACUACAAGUGGCGCCAAAUUUGUGUCGGCACCCAAAGAUAGGAUGGUUAAUGGUUUUUAUUUUUAGUAAUAUAAGUCUGGAAGCUUAUUUCUCUGGUUUCUUAGUUUCCACUCAUCAUGCCUCAACGAAGUAUAUCAUCAUUUUUUACAUCAAAACCUAAAGUGACGGACGAAAGUAACGACACAGAAAACCGAAAGGCGAUCCAUAAAGGUAGCAACGUCGACACUUCGCCCGUCAAAAAAACCAAAAAGAAAAAUAGGAAUAAAGUUUUAAGUGAUAGUGACAACGAGGAGUGUGAUGAAAGUGGUAAUUGUCAAGAGACAAAUGGAAAGAAGGGUGAAUUAGUUCAAAAUUCCUCACUUGAAGAUGACAAUGGUGAAGUGGGAAGUGUGAAAGAAGCUUCCUCUUCUAGUGGUGAGAAAAAACCACCCAAACGAAAGACUGCACGUAAACACAUGCGAAAGAGAAAAGCAGACGAGAACAGCUCGAGCAACAGCUCAGAAAGUCAUGAGGAGAUUCAAACAAAAAAACUGAAGGUUUGCGAUGAUGAUGUAAUGAAAUGUGAGCCGAAGGAGGAAUGUGAAAAUAGGAAAGAGUCUACUUUGUCAGAAAGUGAAAAUGAAACAAUGUCUGGUUCCAAACCAAAUGGAAACACAACAUCAAAGACUACAGGCAAGCUAUCAAAAACAGUUGAUUAUUUUUUUGAACAAGGACCCAAAGAAGAUGAGAAAAAUGAAACACUUACAGAUGAUGAAGAAAUUGUUGAUCCUGUUGUGUACAAUCCAGAAAAGAAUUGCUACCAUCCUUUAAAACAUGCAUGUUGGAAACACAAGGAAAGAGUUCCAUACUUGGCUCUUGCAAGAACAUUUCAGUGUAUUGAAAGCACUUCAGCGAGGUUGAAAAUCACCUCUACUUUGUCGAAUCUCUUUCGUUCCGUGAUCGCCCUAACUCCUCAAGACCUACUGCCAUGUUUAUAUCUAUGUUUAAACAAGCUUGCUCCAUCUUAUGAAGGUAUUGAACUGGGUAUUGGCGACGGUUUGUUGAUUAAAGUUAUCGCAGAAACGACAGGUCGCAGUACACAGCAAGUAAAAUUGGAGUUUGGUGAAAAGGGAGAUUUAGGAAUCGUAGCUGAGGCCAGUCGGUCAACGCAACGAACAAUGUUCACUCCAGCCAAGUUGACAGUUUCCACAGUUUACAAUAAAUUGAAGGAAAUAGCGUUGAUGACGGGACAUUCGUCAGUCAACCGCAAAGCCGACAAAGUAAAAAGUAUGUUUGUUGCAUGUAGACAGUCUGAAGCAAGAUAUUUGACAAGAUCUUUGGCCGGUAAACUUCGCAUUGGCCUGGCAGAGCAAACAGUCCUUACAGCCCUAGCUCAUGCGGUCGUUCUAACUCCACCAAGUAACGAUUUCCCACCAGAAACAUUAGAUGCCAGUAAAGGCAUUCCCGCCGAGGCAUUCAAAAAGAAACUGGACGCGGCCGCCUUGAUUGUGAAGACUUGUUACUGCGAACUUCCGAACUACGAUGUUCUCGUUGCUGCCCUUCUUGAACACGGCUUAAAGGAGCUAUCGAAGCAUUGCCAUAUCACUCCCGGCGUUCCAUUGAAACCAAUGUUGGCUCAUCCUACGAAAGGCGUAGAGGAAGUGUUCAAAAGAUUUGAAGAUGCUUCGUUCACUUGUGAAUAUAAAUAUGACGGGGAAAGAGCGCAGAUUCAUGUUCUAAAUAGGAACGAUAUUCGAAUAUACAGUCGUAACCAGGAAAAUAACACUUCAAAAUAUCCGGAUGUUGUUGCCCGAAUGGCCAAGGUUUUGAAAGAAGAUGUGACUUCUUGUAUAAUUGAUUCGGAGGCUGUUGCAUGGGAUCAAGAAAAGAAACAGAUUUUGCCUUUUCAAGUCUUGAGUACAAGAAAGAAAAAGGAUGCGGAAGCUUCCGAAAUCAAAGUUCAAGUGUGUAUUUAUGCUUUUGAUCUCCUUUAUCUCAACGGAAAGUCCUAUGUUAAAGAACCUUUUAAAGUUCGACGCGACAUCUUGAGAUCAUCUUUGAAUGAAAUUGACGGAGAAUUCAUUUUUGCCAAGUGCAUAACGUCGACCGAUACGGAUGAUAUUGCGGAGUUUUUAGAUGAAUCAAUUAAAGGAAACUGUGAAGGUUUAAUGGUAAAGACGCUGGAAGUUGAUGCGACCUAUGAAAUCGCGAAACGGUCGCAUAACUGGCUAAAGCUGAAGAAGGAUUAUCUGGAGGGUGUUGGGGACACGUUGGAUCUGUUGGUGAUAGGAGGGUACAUGGGUAAAGGCAAGCGAGCAGGACGCUAUGGUGGUUUCUUGGUUGCUUGUUAUGAUGAAGAUAAAGAAGAAUAUCAAUCAUGCUGCAAGGUUAGUACUGGAAUGAAAGAUGAGGAUCUUGAUAGACAAUACACUAUUCUUCAAGAAUACAUCAUUGGUCAACCAAAACCUUAUUAUCGUUUUGAUUCAAGCAUUGAGCCGGAUGUUUGGUUCGAUGCUGUCAAGGUUUGGGAAAUAAAAUGUGCUGAUCUUUCCAUCUCUCCCGUUCACAAAGCGGCUGCAGGCAUAGUAGACGCUGAAAAAGGAAUUUCUUUGCGCUUUCCGAGGUUUAUCCGAGAGCGUGACGACAAAAAGCCCGAGCAGGUUACGAGCAGCGUUCAGAUCGCUGACAUGUAUCGUAAUCAAGACACAGUAAAAAACAACCGCGAAGCCUCGGACAAGACAAACAAGGAUGACUAUGACGAUUUUUACUGAAAAAGCAAGGUUACGAAAACUAAAGUUCAUGUGUAAUUUCCGAUGUAAUCUCAUAUGAACUAAUUUUGACUUAAGGCGGCUGUUUUCCCGAAUUCAAUUCCUACAGCAUUCAAACGUUAACAGGAACUUAUGAAGAUCAUUAUUUUGUCAAAUAUAGAACGCUUGUAACUCGUUCAUUUCCCCCCGAUAGUUCCAUGUGAGAUUCGUACUGAGAAACGGGCAUCGAGACAGCUAGAAGCGGAUGCAAUUACUAACAUUACCCAGCUUGUGGGCGUAGAUGACGUCAGUAUUCCAGUUUUAGAUAAUCGACUUAUCAUUGAGUGGCGUAAGAACGUCUGCCUAAACUUAACUGACAGCGAUUACACAAAUUGAUCGUGACUGCCGCUUGAGUGUAUACAAACUGAUAUCUAUUAUUGGAAAAUAUAUUCAAGUUUCCUUUAGUAAAAAUGCAUGUGUUUUAUUGUGAUGCUCUGUGAAAUGUUUUGUUGACACUUUUGAUCAAUUGCGAAUGCUUUUGUUUCCGAUGAAAAUAAUUAAAUUACUGAGACGCAUUACGAAAGCGUCACAAAAGGGACAGCCCAACUUUCGAUAUGACGUCAGUUUUAAAGUUUAAUCUCCAGUUGUUGCCCUUCUCUUUGGUUGAAACGCGUUUUUUUAAGUUCAUUUUCGCAGUGCAUACUUUUAUUUAGAACCUAUACAAAGAAUUGUAAUUCUUAUGAAUGUGACCUUAAAGGAAUUCCAAUGAAUAACAUUUGUGAAAAGCACGUGCGCCUCCGACAAAAAUAGCAAGUUUAUAUAAGAUAAUAUUCAAGAUUGUAUGUCUGUUAAAACGUCAAAUUUUACCGAAAGAAGUCUAGAUAUUUUACUUCUGUAAUAACUUUACACUGUAGUCAAAAGAGAGGACAUGUACAGUAUAUGUUCGCGUAUUAUAUUGUAGAUGAUGAUAAUCUUUGAAA